UGGGAAAUGUCACGAAGCUCAUACUGCGGAGUACAAACUAUGCAAAUCACAGCUACCCAUGGUGAUAACUGCAAAACUAUUCGCUACUGUAGUGUAGUUUGUUGAAAUUCAUUGGUAACCAUUUGUUGCUACGGUAGCUCGCUACUGUAGGUCACAACGGUGGUUAGUUAUUCUUUUACAACACAAGAGCAAAGUACUUCAGUUCUCUUCAAUUUUUUGAGUGGCAAGGAAGACAGUGCAUACUCCGGAUCUAAUGGAAGAUAUUGAAGAUUCCCCAACUUGUAGUAUGAAGAUACAAGCUACGAAAAGAAAGGGACCAUCUUUUGUAUCGAUGGUGAAAAACUUCAUAUUGGAAGCAGACGGAAAAUUCAAAUGCAAAAUUGAAGAAUUUGGAAGAUGUGCGUAUUCCCAGGAGAACUACGAUGCUGGAAAUUUCGUUCGGCAUUUUCGGAACAUGCACCACGACGUCGCUCAAAGAUUGGGAUUUUCCGGAGGAACUCCAGCCAAGAAAAAAAGAUCGUCUGAGAAGCUAACCAUUUUCUUCGAUCGGCAAAAAUUUUACGAAGCGUGCGUGAAGCUCGUUACAAAACACAAUUUGCCUUUAUGUUGUUUUGAUUGGGAAGCUCUCCGACUUAUUCUGGAUCCACUGGCUGAAGCUCUUAAUACAACGAUAAAUCGAAAGAAUAUGAAAAAUCAUCUCCAACGGAUUUCUGGCUCAAUUAUUGAAGGUAUCAAGCAAGAAAUAUCCGAAAGACUGAUAUCGAUCAAGAUCGACUCGGCUUCAAGAUUUGGAAGACAUAUCCUGUGCAUCAAUGCCCAAUAUGAACUCAAUCACGAAGUGAUGACGCGCACACUAUGUAUGAUUGAAGUAAAAGAAAGUCAGACAGCUAAGUUCUUGAAAAUCCAAAUUCUGGAAGUUCUGAAGCGAUUCAACAUAUCGCUUGAUCAGAUAUUCUCGAUCACUUCGGAUAACGGGGCCAAUAUGAUAGCAGCAGCAAAGAAGUUGCAGGAACAAUUUUCAACCGCAGUUGCUUCGGACGACUGGGCAAAUGAAGAAGACGUGAUUGAUAACACGGAAGAAAUAAUGGACGCUUUGAGUGUGGAGUUAAGUGAUCAUUUCAACAUUGUUCGUUGUGCAUCUCACACUCUUCAGCUUGCACUGAAUGACGUUGUGUCAAAUUCAGAUGCAAAUAUCAAAAUUGUGACGGAGUUCUCAAAAAGCAACCCGGGAGCUACUUGA